UUAUAUACCUUUUUGCCACAACAAUUCCCAAUCGAAAAGAGAACGCGGAUCACGAUGCUGUAUCUUACAUCAGCCGGGUUAAUAUUGCUCUGCACUUUUUCCGUAGCCAUUGCGGAUACCAGUUGCAAUUUCACUACUAGCUCCAACAGUAGCCUCGGUACCCUCAGUUGCAUUUCUGUAAAUGAGAGUAACACAUACUCGACUGCAGCUAAUAAUGCGCUGCUCAACAACUCCUCCGAUGUAAACCGAACAACCAGCUUCGUCUUAGAAAUCACCGACUCAAACUUUAGUAGUCUUCAGUCGUGGAUAGUAUCGCCUCUAUCGACCAUUUUAGACAGAGUAAUAUCGGUAAACCUAACUAAUUCCAGCAUAGAGACGAUUGAUAAUAACAUCUUGUCGCAGUUUGUGAGUUUACAAACGGUAGACUUGAGUUGGAACCAAAUAAAAUCGAUCAAUGCAAGUAUUUUCCAGGGCUGCGGUAAUUUAACGACUUUAAGUUUAGCAAACAAUCCUAUCAUCGCUUACGAAAAUAAUUCUUUUGGUAACUUAACCAACUUAAAGACCUUGAACCUGACGGUGUUUGUUGGCAAUAUUAGUGCGGAGAGCCUAAACAGUACUUCGUUGGAAAAGUUGAACUUCGUAAGUUCCAACAUAACGUGGUUUAACGACAACAACUUUAUUUUUGUCCCAAAUUUGACGGAAUUGAGAUUCGACAAUAGUACAGUGAACAAUAACACCAACUCUACCCUAAACGGACUGACUAAGCUGGUCUAUUUAGACAAAAGACUAUUCAGGUUUACCAACGAUAUUCCUUACGGCAUAUUCAAAGAUUUAAAAUCUGUAACUGAUAUGGAUUUGAGUUUAAUUUAUAUUAGGGGUAUAUAUAAUGGCACAUUCGAAGGUCUUACCAACGUCCAAUCGCUUAACAUUUCCUUAAAUUUCUUGCUUAAUAUUAAUGAUGUGAAUAUCUUUACCCCACUUCAAAAUAUUACGUCUCUAGAUAUGGCUGGAUCGUUCAUCCUGUACCCUUUGCCCGUGAACUUAUUCAACCCGCUUAAAAACUUGAAACAGUUAAACAUAAGCAACAACCCCACGGAUGAUUUGGUUACUCCAGGUGUACUCAAUGGUUUGGAUAAUCUGGAACUGCUAGACAUGUCGGAUAACUUGUGGUUCGGGAUAAACGCAACAGCCCUUAGCAAUCUGAAGAAGCUGCGCUGGUUGUAUCUAGACAACAACUUUCUGAGUUUGACUGUAUUUCCUCAAUUCGACUACAAGACAUUGGCGGACGAGUUAGUUUCUCUGGAAUAUAUCGGGAUUAGCGAUAACCGCUGGCAGUGCGACGAGCUAUAUGAUAUGCUAACCUAUUUUAAGAGCAAGAAUAUCAGCUACACCCCGAAAUUUGUGAGUACGGCUGAUCCGAACGUAGAUGGUAUCGAUUGCACGGAAAAUAAUUAAUGUAACAAAUAAAAAUGGUUAUCUCUUGUCGUAUUUCUCUUUUAAA